AUGGGUGUCUGUUGCUGCUUCAAAUCUUAUAACGUGAGAGAUGAGCCUCAAGAAGAGAAAGCUGAAAAAGGAGGGAGCAAGCUUUCCUCCCAAGUCAAUAACCUUUCAACUGAAUCUGAUACCCUCAAGCUUAGAUCUGUAGCUGAAGUGAUCUUACGGAUAGGCCAGGGGAACAAUUCCGCUCGUGUUUUCGCAUUUGAUGAACUUUCAACUGCAACAAAGAACUUCAAAGUAGAAUGUCUGCUUGGUGAAGGUGGAUUUGGUAAAGUUUAUAAAGGUUACCUUGUGGAUACAAAUCAAGAUAUAGCUGUUAAGCAAUUGCAAAGAAAUGGCUCACAGGGAAAUAGAGAGUUCCUUGUUGAAGUAUUGAUGCUCAGUCUACUUCACCACCCAAACCUUGUCAAUCUAAUUGGCUAUUGUGCUGAUGGAGAUCAAAGAAUUCUGGUCUAUGAAUACAUGCCGCUGGGCUCAUUGGAGGAUCAUCUUCUCCAUCUUUCCCCAAGUAAGAAGCCGCUGGACUGGACCACAAGAAUGAGAAUAGCGGAAGGUGCCGCUAAAGGCCUGGAGUAUUUGCACGAUACAGCAAAUCCACCUGUGAUCUAUCGAGAUUUAAAGGCAUCCAAUAUUCUUCUUGAUAAGGACUACAACCCAAAGCUAUCUGACUUUGGCCUUGCCAAAGUUGGACCAAUUGGAGACAAGAGCCAUGUAUCAACCAGGGUGAUGGGGACUUAUGGCUAUUGUGCUCCUGAGUAUGCAUUGACAGGACAAUUAACAAAAAUGUCUGAUGUAUACAGCUUCGGCGUCGUGUUACUGGAGAUCAUAACUGGAAGGAGGGCUAUUGAUGCAUCGAGACCUUCAAACGAACAGAAUCUUGUUCAUUGGGCAAAGCCACUGUUUAAAGAUAAGAAGAGGUAUGUGGAGAUGGCUGAUCCAUUGCUGGAAGGCAAAUACCCAUUAAAAGGCCUCUACCAAGCUAUUGCAGUUGCAGCAAUGUGUCUGCAAGAGCAAGCAAGCGGCCGUCCACUGGUUAGUGACAUUGUGACAGCUCUGGAGUAUCUUGCAACUUCAUCAAAUGAUCAUUUUCAAGACUCAAAGAAAGAAAAAUACACUGCUAAGGAGAUCGGUGAAGGAGACAAAUCGAAGUCGCAAGAUGAAAGAACUCGGAAUUCGUUGAGAUGCAAGGAAGAUAACAUCGAGCGCGUGUAGUAUGAGACAUGUUUGUGGCUUUUUUCUUCUUCUUAUUUUUUCUAUUUGUGCUCUUUGUAUAUUUAAACGUAAAACUCAACCAUUCCAAAAUGAUGCUGGAGAUAGACCUCUUUGUAUGAACUAAGCUAUCCUUGACACUGUCAAUUAUCAGUGAAUCCAUCAAGGGAAUGAUGAAGAGUAGUAGAUAAAGA